GUGAAGAAAAGAACACUUUUUUCUUCCCUAAUUUUUGUGUGUGCAAGAGCGUAGCCAUUUGCGCGCAACCUUUUUAUCAAAAAAGAAACUUUAAAAAAUUAAAAUUUAAUCAAUCUCAAACAGUUAAAACACCUCCUACGAAAUUCCACAAACUUCCGAAGAGUCAUAGAAACAAAAACCCUGCAGAAAAACGUAAUUUUUCCCAAAUCAAAUUUAACAUUUCUCAAUUCGCAGUUGAAAUUGAAAUUGAAAGAAGAAUAAAAUAAGAAAAAGUUUCUCCACGUCGUCUUCGUCUUCGUCGUCGUCGUCGAACGACAAAAACGCCAUUCGAAUGUGCAAAAUUUAUCCAUAAAAAAGUGAUGUUGAAAUAAUAUUUUUUAUUAUUUUCCUAAUUUAAUUUAAAAGAAAAACCAUAAUUCGAGCAAAAUCAGCUGGUUUUUGGCUUGUUGUUCGUUGGGACGGCGGCGCAACUCGGCAACUCGUCUUCUUUUUUAAUGAUUAGCUAGCUUUUUCUAUUCGGCCAACACAGCGAAUGCCUUAAGUCGAAUAACAAUAAGAAAAAUAAAAAAAAAAAACUUCCGGGGAAAAGUAGAAAAUAAGAAAAACAAAUUGAUCGAAAAAAGGAAAUGAAUUUUAUUUUCUAUAAUAAAAAAGAAACAAAGCGAAUUCACAAAAACACCAUCUCAUUGUGCGGCGAAAUAAAGUUGUGACUUGUUAGCUGCUGUGGCUGUCGUCUUUUGUUGCUGCCUGGCCUGCCUGCUGCUGUCAGUCUGUUACUCUGUUACGGUUGUGCUGUCAAAAGUUGAAUAAAAAUUUAAUGUUCCACUUAAAUUUCCUUGGAUAAAGGGUUUCCACGAAAAAACAAGAACCGCCCAAACAAAAUGCAGUAUGAUAAUCAUGGCAGAAGCUAGUGGUGAUUACAAUUCUAGUUUAACAGGACUCCAAACAAAUUGCGAUGGCAACACUGACAUGAUGCGUUCACGACGGCGACACCACACGUCACGUUUUUCUUGUCUAAAAUGCUGUGGCGACUUUAUAAAUUACCUGAUCCGACUUCGUGUCAGCCCCGAAGAAAUGGAACAACGCCAUAUAUCUAAUGAAAUAGAUAAAUUCCUUGAAAAGGACAAGAGUGCGUUUCGACGCCAAGUAAAACUCCUUCUCCUCGGUGCAGGCGAAUCGGGAAAAUCGACAUUUUUAAAACAAAUGCGAAUAAUUCACGGUGUGAAAUUUGAACCAGAAUUGGUUAGAGAAUAUCAAUUUAUAAUAUACCAAAAUAUAGUUAAGGGAAUGCAAGUUCUAAUCGAUGCCAGGGAAAAACUUGAAAUCCCAUGGGAAAACCCAACAUCAGAAAAAGAUGCAUAUUAUGCUAAUCUUAUGCAAUGCCAAAGUCUCGAUGUUAAGCUAUUUCGACAGAAUGCAUCAACAAUUCAAAAACUAUGGCAUGAUCGAGCCAUACGACGCGCCUACGAACGACGAAACGAAUUCCAAAUCAGUGACUCUGUAAGCUAUUUUCUAAAUGAUAUCGAGCGAAUAGCAGAGCUCGAUUAUGUGCCCACAUACAAAGACAUCCUGCAUUGUCGAAAAGCAACCAAAGGCGUUUACGAACUCUGCAUUAGAAUACAGAACAUUCCGUUUGUGUUUGUUGAUGUGGGCGGACAACGGACCCAACGUCAGAAAUGGACAAAAUGCUUUGACUGUUCAGUGACGUCGAUAAUAUUCCUAGCAUCGAGUUCAGAAUUCGAUCAGGUACUGGCCGAAGAUCGAAAGACGAAUAGGUUGGAGGAAUCGAAGAACAUCUUCGAUACCAUUGUAAAUAAUACAACAUUUAAAAAUAUCUCAAUCAUACUCUUCCUCAAUAAAAAAGAUCUAUUGGAACAGAAAGUGCGUGACACUGAGACUGAUAUUCGCUGGUAUUAUCCGCAAUUUGCUGGUAACUCACAUUCAGUUGUAGAUGUGCAGAAUUUCAUAUUGCAAUUGUUUAUGAAUGUCCAUACGGGUAAUCAUACCCGCACAUAUCACCAUUUUACCAAUGCAGUUAGUACAAGAAACAUAGAACUUGUGUUUCAAUCAGUCAAAGAUAUUAUCCUGCAGCGAAAUCUAAACGCUUUGAUGCUGCAGUAGUCAUUCCACCAAUUUUUAAACAAAUUUAAAAAUUAACAAACUCAAAACAUUAAAGAUGGAAUAUAGCUUACAUAAAUGUAUUACUGCCAAAAAUUAUUUUGAUAAAAAGAUAAUAAUAUGUAACACUUGCAACGAACCACUAUACCACCACCCCACUAGCGGAGCAGCAGCAAAACAAGAUGCGAAAUACUUCGAAAAGCCGCACAAUACCAAUGCCAGCAGAAAUUCAUUUAAAUGUAACACGACGAGAAACAUCUCACCAUGCAAUACAACGAAAAUUUGAUUUCCGAAAUUCGAACCCAAAACGAAGACUUAUUUUUAUUUUGCCACGCCACGGGAAAUGCUUCAAACCCGCCGACCAACACCACCAGCAGAAUUAAAAGCUAAAUUGAAGAAAAUUUCGUUGGUUAUAAGACGCAUAGAUAUUAUAUAUUAUAUAUAAACAUCUCUUUCAAAUUCAAAUUAUAUUACAUAUUUAAAAAAAUUAUAAUUUAAAAACACCAAAAUGAAAAGUGGAAGACUGACGCAAAAUAGCGCUUUUGAUAUCUAUACAAAAAUUUAAAUAAAGAAAAAAGAACCUGUAAGCCCUGUGUUUGGAACUAUAGAAAUCUUUUUGUUGUCUCUAUUCUAUUAUUUGUAUCUUUCUUCAUUAUCCGACACGACAAAAAUAUGUUCCAAAACUCACUUUUCGACUGCUGUUUGUAUACUGCAGUCAAUAAGUUGUGUUAAUUUAUUAAUCUUUUUCUGUUGUUGUAAAAUUAUGAUAAAAAUAAAAUACAAAUAAAUUAUAUAAUAAUCAAGGCCACCAGAGCUAUGCAUACAAUAUUUAACUGUGACUCAUUGAUAAAAUAAAUAUUUUGUUAUUUUUUUAAUUUAUUUAUUUUUUAUGUUUACAAAUAAAAAGCAAAAAGCAAAAUGUUAUAUAUAUACUUUAUUAAACAAAUCAAUAAUCUCCCACACUUUCAUAAACGUGAAACAAAAAUAUUAAAUAUUUACAUUGAAUCUUUUUCUAUUUUCUACCUACUACAAUAUAAUAUGGCAUAAGUCAAGUAUUCGAAUGAAGUAAUUAUAACAUAUAUACAAAAAAAAUAUAUAUAAAUACAUACUAUAUAUAUACACAAAAUAUAUAAAUAUCUACUAAACAAAUUAAAUUAAUAAACAAACAAUAACUUAAGAGAUUUUUUCUUUUAGGAAUUCUGUAUUUUUAACUGUUGUAUAUUAUUCUUUUUAAUGUAAUUGGAUACAAAACAUAUAAAUACUCUGUAAAUGUAAUAACGCUAGAUUUAAACAAAAUAAUUAAAGAAAGAUAAUAAACUUUAUAAUGAAAAUAAAA